AUGUCAUCAAGUGGAAUUCCGCCUUACCAACUCGAGGACGAUUUUAGUGAUGAUGAUGACUUGAUGGAACUUGAAACACUCGCUAUGAUGGAACGAGAUGGGAAACAAAAAAUUCCACAAAGAACAUGUCCUUUAUCAGGACAACAAUAUACCACGUUUCUUUUGAACUCCCAUCCACAAAACAUAAAGGAUAUUUUACGUGUCGACAAACAUACGUUUAGAGCAUUGGCGGUCGAGCUAGUUCGACGAGAACUACUUAAUUGGGAUCAUAAGAACCUCUCAGUCGAGGAGUCUUUGGCUAUGUUCUUGUACAUUUGUGGACAAAAUGCACGGGAUAGAGUUGUUGCUGACCGCUUCCAGCGUUCUUUGGAUACUAUAAGCAAGCAUUUCAACAUCAUGCGUCGUGCUAUUUGCAAUCUAGCUCCCUUUAUUAUUCGACCACCAAAUCUUCAAGAAACGCCUCCUGAAAUUCUCCAUGAUGGAAGAUACUAUCCAUGGUUCCAAGAUUGUGUUGGCGCAAUAGAUGGAACACACAUAGAUGCUUGGGUACCGGCUUCUAGAGAAUUAGCAUUUCGCGGCAGAAAAUCCACGAAAACACAGAAUGUAAUGGCCGUGUGUUCCUUCGACAUGAAGUUCACAUUUGUGUACCCAGGUUGGGAGGGUAGCGCCCACGAUGGACGUGUUUUCUUUGCGGCAGUAUCGAAUCCGGACUUUCACUUCCCACAUCCACCACUUAAUAAGUACUAUUUGGUCGAUUCUGGAUACACCAAUAUGCCGGGUUAUCUUGCUCCGUACCGAGGACAACGAUAUCACAGGGACCAAUGGGAUGGGGCGAAUACAAUAUUCCGCACACCGUACGAACUAUUCAACUACAAGCACUCGUCCUUGAGAAAUGUAAUUGAGAGAUGCUUUGGGGUUUUGAAAAAGAGGUUUCCAAUAUUAAAGGGUAUGCCUAAUUAUGACAAUGCCCGUCAACCAACAAUUGUUACGGCUUGUUGUGUUAUCCACAACUUUAUCUUAAUGCAUCAUGGGAGAGAUGAAUAUUUUGACGGUUACAAUGAAGAUAUCGAAUGGGAAGGAGAAACUGAUGAAGAGGUUGACGAUGAUGAUGUGGGUGAAGUAGAGCCUUUGAACACAUCUCGUGUGGGUUUGGAAUUGAUGGCGCAAAAACGAGACCAAAUGGCUAUUGAAAUGUGGGAUGCAUAUUGACUUUUAUUGCAUUGUACUAGUUCCGCUGCAUGAAAAUUGGCCACUUAACUUAGCUUUUUGUUAAUGGGUUGUACUACUGGACUAAUUGUAAGUGUUGUUUGCAUUCGGAUUUUCCUUGGAUGUUAGAAGUUGUUGGUUUUGGUAUUCCUGCUGUCAAUGGACAAAUGGGUUUCGUACAUUUAACUGUAAGUGCAAUUUCU